UGGAAGAAGUGUGUCGGCUUGAAAAAGGUGUCGGCGUGCUGACACAUUUCCGGAAUUCCCGUUCAUGUAUACGUUAAUCCGUGUUCCAUUCACCUUUUAAUUCUUUGACUCAAUGGUUUACUACUUUAUUCGUUCAUGGUAACAUUUUCGAGAAAUGUAAGAAUCCUUAAAGUUUAAUCCAUGCCUGUCAAAGCCUUCCGAUUAAAACUCUACGGGAGGUUUGAGGUUUUGGAACCACUGAUCUCGUUUGCCUGACAGAAAGUGUCUAUUAUCAAGCGCCGCGCCGAGGGAGAAUAGAAGAUGCCUGAGAUGCCUGACGCAGCAGAGGCUCAAGCCAGCUCGUUUAUCUCCUCACCAAACAUGGCAAAGGAUUUGAGCCCUGAGAUUGUCAAUUAUGAAGCAGAUCCUGAAGAUGGAUUUCUUGAUGUUGAUUUAGGUGAUGGUUACCUUCCUCCUCAAUCCCCAAGAAUUUACAUCCGCUCAUCAGCUCCCUACAUUGCAGACCAAGGAAUGGAACGCUAUAACCAGGCUCUGAGGAGCUUGAUUCCUGUGCGCCGGAAAGCAACGGAAAAGAAAGAUACCAUUCAAGUUGAUCAGGCAGGUCUGUUAUCAUUUGUGUUUUCAUCAUGGAUUUCAAAGUUGAUGUACAAGGCCCAUAGGAAAGGUCUAGUCAGUGGUGAUAUUCCCCGUGGCUCUCCUCUCGAUUCAUGUGACUACAAUGUGCAGAGACUGGAAAUGCUGUGGCAAGAAGAAAUUAGGAAAUUUGGGCCAAGCGGAGCAUCAUUACCUCGAGCUGUGUGGCGCUUUGUGAAAACUCGUGUUAUUGUUGACUGGUUGAUAUUUACAAUUAGUAGUAUCUUGGGAUUUUUGACGCCGAUGAUUUUUAUGAGAAAAUUGUUGGAAUUUUCGGAAGACAGUAAUUCAAACACAGAGACAGGUUUAAUUUUGGCAUUUUCUUUGGGUCUCUGUGAGUUCUUAAGACUAAUAUUCUUCACCUGGAGAUUUGUUUUAUCAUUUAGAACUGCUGUAAGGCUGCGUGUGGCAUGUCUGGCCUUAAUGUACAAAAAAAUUUUAAGACUGAACUCCUUUGAUGAAAACUCCAUGGGUCAACUACUUAAUAUUUUUGCAAAUGAUUCACAACGAAUUUUUGAUAUGAUUGUUUUUGGUCCUAUGAUUAUUGGAGGGCCAAUGGUAUUAAUUACUGGAGUUGCAUAUGUUUUAUGUACACUUAGUCCCUGGGCACUCAGUGGAAUUCUUGUGUUUAUAGCCUUUUAUCCAGUGCAGUAUUUCAUAUCCUGGCUAUGCUCUAAAUUAAGAAGGAAAACCGUGCAAGCUGCUGACCAACGUAUCAAUCUAAUGAAUGAAAUACUUACCCACAUUAAAACUGUAAAAAUGAAUGCAUGGGAAGGAGACUUAAAGGAUGAAAUUGACUGUAUUCGCUCCAAGGAACAAGGCUACAUUCAAAAGACCUCAUAUUUGUCAAGUUUUGGAUCAUCACUAGCACCAACAGUUCCCAUUAUGUCUUCCAUUGUUUCAUUUUUAUCCCAUUUAGGUUCAGGUAACACACUCUCUGCAGCACAGGCAUUUUCUGUCCAAGCAGUGUAUUCAAACUCUAUCCGGGAUGUUGUGCGUUCUGUUCAAAUGAGUUUAACAGCAUAUCAUGAUGCCAUAAUUGGACUUAAAAGAAUACAGGCCUUCCCAUUUGUCACUGUAAUGGUUGAGCAGGCUCGGAACUUUGUGAAUAUUACUCAAAUUGCAUUAAGCAAUUACAUAGAGGCGGAUGUGGGUCUUAAAAGAAUGCAGAAAUGUUUGCUUGUGGAAGAAAUCCCACUCAGAAUUCAGAGACCUAUCGAUAGAAGUCAAGCAAUUUCAAUUGGUGGAGCUUCUUUUUGUAGAAGCCCAAGCUGGCACCCUUUAUUUUCUGAAGGCCAAGGAAAUAAGAGCGGAAAGAUAAUUAAACAGCACCUCCGAAAAUCAGAUCUUGAAACAGCUACUGAAGAAAGGGAAAAGUUGAAUGGAAAUGUAACAUGUCAUCUUCAGCCUGUCCUUCAGGGAAUCAAUUUUAGUGUAACAAAAGGUCAAAUGGUAGGUAUUUGUGGUCCUGUUGGUUCUGGCAAGACUUCCCUGAUGCGAGCAAUUCUUGGUCAGAUGAGACUAAUAGAUGGCCAGUUUGCUAAAGAUGGUUCAUGCGCCUAUGUAAGUCAACAAGCUUGGAUAACCAAUGGAACACUUCGUGAAAAUAUCCUUUUUGGAGAACCUUUUGUUAGCACCCGGUACUACACUGUCAUCAACAGUUGUGCUUUGAAUGAAGAUCUGAACCAAUUUCCUGGUGGUGAUCUUACUGAAAUAGGAGAGAGGGGAAUAAAUUUAUCUGGUGGGCAGAAGCAACGUAUUGCUCUAGCCAGGGCUCUGUAUGCUAACAGAGACAUAUAUUUGCUAGAUGACCCAUUAAGUGCCGUUGAUGUUAACGUGGCAAAUCAUAUCUUUGAGAAUUACUUCAAAAAAGAAUUACGAGAAAAAACAGUUGUUUUAGUUUGCCAUCAAGUUCAAUACCUACACCAUUGCAAUGAAGUGUAUUUCUUGAGAGAUGGAUGCAUAAUUGAGCGGGGAACACAUGAAGAACUAUUGAAGUUGGACAAAGAAUAUGCAUCUAUGGUCAAACAGGUGAAAAGUACAACUUGUGAGGCCUCUUCAUCCACACCAAAUACAAAUGCUGUAGUCAAUAACUGCAAAGAAGGAGAGUCAAAAGAUGAAAAGAAAGAUACAGAAAAACGGAACAUGGGAGAAAGUCUACUUGUUCCUGAACCAUCAAAUUUGGGCAGUUUAAAAAUUGAUACAUAUUGUCAGUAUAUAUCUGCAGGAGGCGGCUAUUUUACCACAUUCUUGGUGCUUUGUGUGUUUCUUGCGAAUAUUGGAAGUACAGCCUUCAGUUCUUGGUGGCUUGCAACAUGGAUUAAGGCUGGAGGCGGGAAUUAUACUCUCCUAGUCAACGAUACAGCAGUCCUCAGUUCCAAUCUAGGGGAUAAUCCAUAUUAUGAAUUUUAUCAAACAGUUUAUGCAUCUACUAUUGGAUUAAUUAUCUUGACAUGUGGUCUAAGAUGCCUGGUGUUUACUAAGGUGACCCUACGAGCCUCUUCCAUUCUUCACAAUGAGCUAUUUAAGAAAAUCAGUAGGGGUCCAAUGGUGUUUUUUGAAUCCAAUCCUAUUGGCCGAUUACAAAAUGUCUUUUCUAGAGACAUGGAUGAAGUGGAUUCACGACUUCCUGGUACUGUUGAAAACCUAAUUUCGAACUUCUGGAUUCUUUCCUUUGCUAUAUUGAUUGUCUGUGUAGUUUUUCCUUGGUUUUUUGUUGCUCUCAUCCCCUUGUGUAUAGUAUACUACUUUAUGAGUAGAAUAUUCAGGAAAGCGAUAAGAGACUUAAAACGUUUGGAAAAUACAACAAGGUCUCCUGUCUUCAGCAACUUGCUGGAAACUGCACAAGGGCUUAAUACAAUCCGUGCAUUUAACAAAGAGGGAGAAUAUAUUCAAAGAUUUUUCCAGUUAUUUGAUGAGAAUACUACUUGCAAUUAUUUAUGGAAUGUAGGAAUGAGGUGGCUUGCAGUUCGAAUUAAUUUACUUGCAGUUUUAACCCUAAGCAUAGUAGCUUUUCUUGUUGUUAUCUUGCAUGGUCAUGUAGCUCCAGCAAUGGCAGGCCUUGCACUCUCUUACUCUUGGCAUAUGAGUGGAAUAUUGCAGUAUACUACAAGACUUUUCUCAGAAACAGAAGUGCGAUUUAUAUCCGUUGAACGUAUUUUGACCUACAUAGAAAAUGUACUGACAGAGGGGAAACCAACGUGUUCUAAACCUUUGCCAUCAUGGCCAGCUCAAGGGCGUAUUAGUUUUGAAAAUGUCAACAUGAACUAUCGUAAUAAUUUGCCCAACUCACUAUGUAAUGUUUCUUUCAAUGUUCUUCCCGGAGAAAAAAUUGGCAUAGUUGGUCGCACUGGAUCUGGGAAGAGCUCCUUAACUGUUGCAUUGUUCCGUCUUGUGGAAAUAAAUAGUGGACACAUCAAAUUGGAUGGUGUGGAUAUUGCUGACAUUAAUUUGACAGUCCUAAGAGAUAAAAUUUCUAUCAUACCUCAAGAUCCUGUGGUCUUUUCUGGAACAAUAAGGUCCAACUUAGAUCGGAAAAAAAAUAGGAAUGAUAUGGAGUUGUGGGAUGCGUUGGAAAAAACGAAACUAGCAGACAAAAUCAGAUCAUUACCUCUUAAGUUGGACACUGCAGUCAAAGGUGGAUCCAGUGGUUUGUCAGACGGGGAGUGUCAGCUUCUUUGUCUGACUAGAGCCCUCCUGAAAAGCAGUAAGGUAAUAGUCUUCGAUGAAGCAACUGCAUCAAUUGAUCCAGAAACUGAGGCAGCUGUUCAAUCAACAAUAUGGGAAGAGUUUAACAUGAGCACUGUUCUCAUAAUUGCCCAUCGCCUCUCCACCAUCACAAAUUGUGAUAGAGUACUAGUCAUGGAUGCAGGAAAAGUGAUUGAAUUUGAAGAACCCCAAAAAUUAUUGGAAAAUACAAAUUCAUUAUUUUUUAAAAUGAUGGCGUCAUUGAAGACUCAAUGAAGGCAGUAUUCUGAAUAAUGAACGGAGAGGGUAGCGCUCUUUUACUUUUGAUAAUCAAUUAAAAGUUGUUCUGCAAGUGUUUCCUAUAUUUGUUUUUAUGCACCAGACUCAAUUUUAAGCAAUCUUGUUCAUUGUUUACAUAGUCUAUUCUUUAUCAAGCCAAAGUUAGGAAGUUACAUUCAAUUACUGAAUGCUGUUGUUAAGUUUUAGAGUUUAGUUUCAUUUACAUCUCUGUAAUGUUAUACAUUAUUGCCAAUAAUUUUAAGACCAAGCUAAGAACAAUAAAUUUCUUUUUUUCUCAA